UGUGGGCCUAGGGUGUCGCCGUGGUGGCUCCCAUUCGAAGGCGACGGCGGUCGUCUAUAUUUCGGCUCUAAUCUGUCCAGAAAAAGGCGAAAUACCUCCUAAGGGACAGUUUAUUUGGGCCACUUCAACGUUGAGAUUUCUCCAAAUUCGUCUCGGUCGGGCUCGCGCUAGGGCUCUGGAAUGACGGGGUGUGCCGAGAAUUUGAAUUAGCUCGCCGUUAGUUUGAAGAAAGAGUGAGUCGGGGUUGAGAGAGAGAGAGGAGCCAUUUUGUCCCGACUGUGCGGGAGAAAAGAGAGUGGAAAAUAGGAAUCAUACGGAGAGCGAGCCUAUUUUUGCUUUUGUUCUCAUGCUGUAAGCGGGAAAGAGACGGGCUCGGGACAUAGAACCUCACGGAGACGUCAACGGACACGUUUUUGGGUGGUAUUUAGCCAACUAGCUCGCCAAGCUAAUCAACAAAUCCCAGAUUGUUAACUGUUAGCAGUCGAGGGGAGCGGACGGUUGGUCGGGUUGGCUGAAGGACUGGCUGUAGACUCCACAUAGGCGUGCUAGGCUCACUUUUGUAUCGGUUCUCGUUAGCACAAGUUGUUUCCCGAUGGCGAAGAAGACGUACGACUUGCUGUUCAAGCUGCUGCUGAUCGGAGACUCGGGCGUGGGGAAGACCUGUGUGCUGUUUCGCUUCUCUGACGACGCUUUCAACACAACCUUCAUCUCCACCAUAGGAAUAGACUUCAAGAUUAAAACAGUUGAAUUACAAGGAAAGAAGAUCAAACUACAGAUCUGGGACACAGCAGGUCAAGAACGGUUCCACACCAUCACCACCUCGUACUACAGAGGAGCCAUGGGCAUCAUGCUGGUGUAUGACAUCACCAACGCCAAGAGCUUUGAAAACAUCAGCAAGUGGCUUCGCAAUAUUGAUGAGCAUGCAAACGAGGACGUCGAGAGAAUGCUGCUAGGCAACAAGUGUGACAUGGAGGACAAAAGGGUCGUACAAAAAACCAAGGGGGAACAGAUUGCGAGGGAGCACGGCAUUAGGUUUUUUGAGACGAGUGCUAAGGCCAACAUCAACAUCGAGAAGGCUUUCCUCACAUUAGCAGAAGACAUCCUCAGAAAGACGCCCGUAAAAGAGCCCAACAGUGAAAAUGUCGACAUCAGCAGUGGAGGCGGAGUCACAGGCUGGAAGAGCAAGUGCUGCAGUUGAACAACUCCUCGGUUUCACUUACACUAACACACACAAGGACACACACUUCUCUCACACUGUCUCUCUCUCUAACUGCUAACUCAAACUCUUUCACCCUCUAACCUGUCUCAUGAGUUUUCUUGCACACUGACACUGUCUCUUUAUCAGAAUAAAACAAUAAACCACUUCACUCGUCUAACCCCUCUUCCUCCUCCUUUACCCCUCCCAACCCUCCAUGUUUUCCCACUCUUUACCUGAUGAUCAUUUUUAUUUCUGAUAAAAAAAAGCGAAAUCCAGUCACGUUUCUUGUCAUUUGUUUUAGAACUUGUAUGAAAACAUGAUCUCAUAUUUUUAAUAUUUCCUUUGCCUGAGCUGACCUGGUUAAAACCCUCAUCCCUGCCUCCCCCUCCUUUAACCCCCUUCCUCACUCCUCCCACAGUGUCACCUUCAGUCGGAGGAAAUCAAGAAUAAAAUCAAAGAAAAAAGACAAAUGUAGGAUUAACAUUUUGUACACUUGGUGAGGUUUCUGUUGCCUAGCUGUAUUUGGUCAUUUACAAUUUGUUACCAAGCGACAGAGGCGUGGCUAGCUCCUUUUGUAUGUGGGGGUUUAAUUUUGUCCUGUGCCUUAUAUGGAAGACAGGGGCGGGGCUGCGUGGUGGGCGGAGCCACAUCCACCCAGUUAUAUUACAGUUUAAUAAUCUGUCGGUUCAGGCUCUCAUCACUAAGACGCUGAACCGAAGCAGAAACGUUUGAAUUUCUCCUCCAGCCAAGAGAACGGCAUUAUACAGUAUGUCCUGUUUAUUUUUGUCUGUUUGAUUUAUUUGACUUUUUUCCACAUUAUUUCUUUUCUUCUUCCAGCAUGCAGAUUUCUUUGGGUUACUAACUUUUCUGUAACGUUGUGUAAUGUUUGCCACUGGUUAACUGUGGGCGGGAGGUACAGAAGUUCUCUUUGGAAAUUCAAACAAUUUUGCAGAUCCAUUAAAAAAUAAGCUUGUUUAAGUUA